AUGACCCAAGAGAGGGAUAAGGGUGCAAAAAGAAAAUAUGGAGUUAUGCAAAGUUCAGAUGGGCCAGAAUUGCUGUUUUCUAUGAAGUUGGAUCCUGAAAUCUAUUCAUCUUCAAACCCACGGAAAGAGCUACCCCAGGCUCCUUGCCUAACUGAUGUGGAGCCAGACAGAAUCAGUUACUUACCGGGUCAUGUAAUAGACCAAGUUUUGUCACAUUUGUCAGUUAAGGAAGCAGUGAGAACAAGUGUGUUAUCUAGCAAAUGGAGGUACAGAUGGGCCACGCUACCCAAUCUUGUGUUCGAUGACCAAUGUAUCUCUGUGGCUACUCAGGAUCAUAUGAUUAUCAAGAACAAGCUUUUGAGAACUGUUGAUCAUGUUCUGCUCCUUCAUUCCGGGCCAAUCAACAAGUUCAAGCUCUCCCAUCAUGAUCUCAUUGGUGUGACUGAUAUUGAUCGUUGGACGCUUCAUGUAUGCAGAAAGUCUAUUAAAGAGUUUGUUUUGGAAAUAUGGAAAGGGCAGCGCUAUAAGAUACACUCAUGUUUAUUUUCUUGUCAAAGUUUGACUCAUUUAGAAUUAUUCAAUUGUUGGCUUAAACCUCCAUCAACAUUUAAAGGGUUUAAGAACUUGAAGAGUCUUGAUCUUCAACAUGUUACCAUAGCUCUGGAUGCUUUUGAAAAAUUGAUAUCCAGCUGCCCAGUGCUUGAACGGUUAACUCUGAUGAACUUUGAUGGUUUCACUCAUCUUAAUAUUGAUGCACCGAAUCUCCUGUUUUUUGACAUUGGGGGUAGAUUUAAUGGAGGCUCUAGCAAUUUGCUCAAAUUUUUUGUUCAUCUACCACACGUGCAAAGGCUGGAGGUUCAAAGCUAUUUUUUAAAGUAUUUGGCAGCGGGGGUUGUGCCAAUAAAGCUUCCAAGACCAUGCAUUGAUCUAAGCUAUCUUUCCAUACGCAUAAACUUCAACGAUUUGAAGGAAAUCUCAGCUGCUCUCUGCAUCUUAAGAAGCUCCCCUAAUCUACAAGAGCUAGAAAUAUUGGCUCGACCGGAGGAGCAGACUGUUCAGUUAACACACACCUAUUGUUGGGAAGAUGUCUAUUUUGCUUGUCCAGACAUGCAUCUGCGAUAUGUAAAGAUAGAUGACAUAUCUGGUGUCAAACCUGAAUUAGAUUUCAUCAACUUUCUACUUCUAUACUCUCCUGUGUUAGAAAGGAUGACUGUGAAGCCUGCUUCAAACAUCGGAACAGAACUGAUGAAAGAACUUUUGCGGUUUAGGAGAGUCUCAAGAAGAGCUGAAAUUAUUUACCUUGACUCUCCUUAG